ACAGUCGGUGUGGAGGCGCUGCGCUGUUACAUCCGACUCUGUGCUGAAAAACAACACUCAGAGAGUUUACGGGGGAAAGCCAAAGAGCGGAGCGGAAAACAACCGGGAAUUCCGUGAAAAUCCCGGCGUCGGACGGACGAACGCUCGGUCGGCUGGAUUCUAAUCGGAGGAGCUUGGAGCUCACCGCGGGCUGGAUGACAAGCUGCUUUAUUCUACGUGCACCGGAGCCUGCGGACGACAUGGGGAAUAAAUAGUUGCUAAGGUCUUCUCCGCCCGUCUCGUUUCCCCGUAGACUGAUUUAUGUUUAAUUCUAAAGGAGCGUUUCGUCAUCGCAUCUAACAGGAAGAGUCACAUUUUCUGUGUUCAUCACUUUAGUAAGCCGCUGAAGUCAUGGAUGCAAGCUGGAAAAACUGCUUAGAAGAGGAGCUCCUCUGCCCCAUUUGUCUGAAUGUUUUCGAUGAGCCGAUCCAGUUGCCAUGCAAGCACAACUUCUGCAAAGGUUGCAUCUCCGAGGCCUGGGCCAAAGACAACGCGGCAGUUCGCUGCCCCGAAUGCAACCACGACUAUGAGCAGAAACCAACGCUGGAGAAGAACUUUAAGCUUGCCAACAUAGUCAAGCAAUUCAACGCUCUGAAUGCUGAGAAAGACCCCACCGUGCUGCACUGUGUGCUCUGCAGACGAGGCCCCCCGCUGCCUGUGAGAAAAGUGUGCCUUCGUUGCAAGGAGCCCUGCUGCCAAACUCACAUCCAGACACAUCUCCAGCAACCGUGCGCCGCCCCGGGGCACCUGUUGGUUGACAUUGAGGAGCUGAGCGCCUGGACCUGUCCCAGUCAUGAGGAAUACAGGCUGUUCCACUGUGAGCAAGAGCAAGUGGCCCUGUGUCCAUUCUGCUGCUUGUCCCACUGCACUAACCAAAGACACACAGUGUGUGCUGUGGAUACGCAACGAGUGCAGAUACAGGCCAUGCUAAUGAGGCAGCAGGACAAACUGGAUUGUCGUGUUCAGAACAUCGAUGAGCAGCUCAGCAAGCUGGAGUCAGAUAAAACCCUCGUGAAGGAGGCCGUGUCUGAACUGAAGGAGCGAGUCAAAGCUCAGUACCAGAGGAUGCAUUCGCUGCUAGAAGCAAACCAAGCGGAGGCCGUGCAGAUGCUGGAGAGCGCUUACAUCAUGUAUGUGAGAAAGAACUCCCAGCAGGUUCUGCAGCUCAAUGAAAAACGCCAGGAUGCUGAAAAACUCCUGAGCUCGGUGCACACGUUCUUCCAAAGAGCAGAGAGCAUCAACUUCAUGAAGAACACAAAACCUUACCAGCUGCUACUGGACAGGUCAAAUUCUCACCUGAGUGGCACUAUCCCUCCACUCAGAGUGGGCCAGAUCAACUCUCAUCAUUUCCUGUCCGAUCUUUCAACGAGGGAGAAGAACAUGAGGAAAAUGCUGGAAGAACCGUUCAAUGAAUCAUCUGUUCUCGAGGUCGUCCAGUCUCACUGCAGCUCUGCUGCUUCCCAACUGGGAAGGGGUUCAGGGCUACAGAAGAGACAAUACAGCGUGGCUUUCCUGGAGAGUAACACUGAAAACUCCACCUCCCAGGAUCUCCAGCCGUUGCUCUAUGGCAGCAAAAAGUCCUUCCUGGCUGACCAGAGUCCCUGUGCUUCAUCUAUUUACUCCUCAGACGUCCUCCAACAGAAUCCCCACGCCUCCGGUCGUCUUCUUGACUCUGCUGCUCAUCACAUGGUGGGUCUGGGGUCCAGCUCAAGUCACCACUCAGGAAACUUAUUCCCAUCCUCCCACUUUUCCAGUGGAGGAGCCUCGCAACAAGCCAUGUUCCAGGAGAGGAAAGUACUAAUGUGCACUCUAAAUAACUGCUGCUGCUCCAGAUCCCCCGUUGCCCGCGCCCAGCCUCCGUACCCGGCGUCAGACUCUUUCCCCUCCAUGACCUCUCAGGAGUUUCCCCCACACGCUCCACUUCCUGCCACUCAACCACUGCAGCAUUUUCCCAUGAGGGGGCUAAUGGAAGCGUCACCAACUGCCAGGCACUCUGACUUCUACGGCCUGUUCGGCCAGCCCUCAACCAAGCAUUACGGGACCAAGUAACAAACCGCAAUCCAUGUUUGUUUACAUUCAAACCGGCAUCAGAGGAGAGUUUUGUUCUUUUUCUUCUGAUUUUUCCUGAUUUGUUUUCAGAUUAGCCGUCCAUUAAGGUAGUUUAUUGUUUGUCUGGCAGUAUUUAUAGGAACAAUCGUUUCACAGUUACACUCAAAAUUUCACCUUUUCGGUUUUAUUUCCUGUUUUCUCUCUUUUUUGCAGUGCUGAUGUGAUAUUUCAGUCUUAAAUCUGUUGGAAUGAUGUGUUCUGGCAUGAGAUUACAGUGCCUAAAAGAAAAGACUGUUAACACUCUUACUCUACUUGCAAUUUCUUAGCCCUUGGUUAUUUCCUGUUUUGGAGCUGAAGUCAUGCAGGGACCCUCCAUGUCCAUGUGGCUUUAGAACAACCCUGGACUUCAAAUGCUUGUCAGGUUUUUCAUGUAUUUUUUACUGAAGAAUAUAAAUAAACCAAAAUAUGAGGAAGAUAAUGAAUAAAUAAAAAUAUUAAACAAC